AAAUGUAAGAAGCCGUUCUACCCUUACAAUCCUGUCACCGGAGCUCCCCUUACAGGUGGGGGAAUCCCAUCAUAUAAUGGUGGACAAGGGGCCGGACCUCGCACCCAACUCCCUGGUGGCGAUGAUACGCUUGUCCCGAACCCCGGUUAUGAAGCUCCAACCCCAACCAUUGGAGCUGGAGCAGGAAGCAACGGCCAAGUUCCACCGGUGCCACUACCCUGAGUAUUAUUAAUUUGUCAACAAAUAAGCAUAUCCCAGAUGCAAACGGGUCUACUUUGAUGUCCUGAGUCUUGGUUAGAUAAGUAACCUUUUGUUUUACCAGCCGUUUCGUUUAGUCAUAUGUGUGCCAUCUCUUUGUCUCUUUGUAUCUCUCUAUAUCUGUCUACAAAAAGAGAGAAUAUUGUGUCAUGUUCGUCAGAUGAAUUCAUUUUUAGA